AAUGCGAGGCAAGCAGGUUCUCUAUUGUCCUUCAGUUCAAGAACCUUGGCGACAACGUAGUGACCGCGCCGCCUCCAGAGUGCGCUCUUUCUGUAUCAUACACAGCGUAGCGACUACAAGUAGCUUCACCUCACUUGAAAGGCUAAAUUGAUACCUUGACGUAGGCUGGUCAAAGGUUUGGCGUAGGCUCUUUCUUGCUGCUAGAUCGUCAGUCGCAGACGCUCGUCGACACUGCGUUGUUUUCUCUCCGUCCUGAGUCAUCGAACACCAGCCGUCCGGCACCAGUCGUGCUUUGCUUGCUUGUAUCAGUCUACGGGUUUGAGGCCAUACGGGCUUCGCUUCGCGGAGGACCAUGGGACCGUUGGCAUCUGAGGACCAAUCGCUCGACGUGGACGCCUUCGUUGCUGCGUCAGCAGACUUAGUCAGCACCCCGGCAUCGGAUGAUGGGUCGGUGACUGCCUUCUUGAGCAGGUUCCCCCUGCCACUCAUUCUCAGGGCUUUAGACGCCGGAUCACCAUCCCAGACACGUGGCAUGGAGGGAUUGGAGGAGGGUGAUAAGGAAAUGGGGGGUACGGAGGAUGCAGAGGCAGCAGUGAAGCUGCAGCAGGCAGCAGUGCAGGCUCUCUUCAGGGUGUUCAAGUCGAACGGCGUCCUUCCCAUUCUGCCAAGCCUCCUGUCGAACGGCGUCCUUCCCAUUCUGCCAAGCCUCCUGCCAUAUGCGGAGAAAGGGAUGCUCUCUCCCUCCCCAGACAUGCGCCGCCUCUGCUGCUUUGCGCUCCAGCGCAUGGCAGAGGGAGGCGAGGAGGAGAUGCAGGAGCUAGGGAGUCAGGGGGAGAUGGCAAAGCAGGUGGUGGGGGAGGGUUUAGUGCGGUGCUUGGGGGACGAGAAGCUGUCGGUGGCUGCUGCUGCCACUGACGCCCUAGCUGCUUUUUGCCGGUCAUCUUUGGGAGUGAGCCUCAUUUUCAGCAGUGAUCACCUUUACAAGCUCACACGCUCGUCACACUCUCAGGUGCAGCAGCGAGUGGUGGAGGCGGCGUUGCGUCUGGCCAACCAAUCGCAGCACGCCAUGUCAGCAGUCGAGAAGCUGGAUCUGCUCCACCCAUUGGUCCAGCAGCUGCAAGGGGUGGCAGGGGAGGGAGAAAUUGGAGCAGAAGGGGGAGGUGAUACUGGUGCGGGUAGAUCUGGGGGAGGUGCAAAUGAGGACGGAGGGGACGCUCUGGCUGCACUAGCAGCAUGUGAACUCAUAUCAGAGUUUGUGAACAGCAGCGUGGGGGCGCAACUGCUUGAACCCCGCAUUGAUGAGAUUCACAGCGCACUCAUCCAGAUCUGCACUAAGGCAUCCACGGCAGCAACACCAGCAGCAGCAGCAGCAGCAGCACAUCUGGGGCUUGAUCUGCUCUUAACGGCUGUGCUCAAGUGCGCUGCUCGCCUCACCUCUCCUGCAACACCCGGAGUCAUGGCUCCCCUCACCUUGAUCCAGGCGGAUGAGGUGGCAGCGCUGUUCAAUAGCAUCUGUGAGGCGUGGGAGCGCAGUGAGGAGCACGUACCAGUGGAAAUGGCGGAGGGGUACUUUGAUGCGCUGACCACCUAUGCACGCUCCACCCACGGCUCUCGUCUGCUGCUGCAUCCCCGUCGCCACGUCAUCACCUUUGUGCUCAAACAUGCGUUUGGGGGCAGUGGGCCCCACCCCUCCCUGCACACUGCGUCCUUGCAUGCAUUGGCUUCCGUCUUUGGAGCAGACAGAGUGGAGGGUAGCGAGCCAGUGCAGAUGGUGCCGGUGCAUGGCACCCACUCGGGAAUCAGCGGGGUGGAUGAGGGAAAGGAUCCAGAGGGGGGUGGGGGGGGUGGCAUGGGUGUGGAUUUGGAGGUGGGGGGGACGGGGAGUCGAAGUUGAAAGAGGAGACGUUUGCCGCUGCUGCUAAAGCGCCGGGAGGACCCACCCUGGCGGGCGUGUUUGUCUCUCUGCUCAAGCGAUCUGAGGAAAUUCGCAUUGCUGUGUAUCGCCUGCUGGCAGCGGUGGUGGAGAGGGAGUGGGCAGCAAUGGAGCUGUGUGGUGAUUGGACGCUGGUGCAGCUGGUGACAGACGCACAGGCAGAGAGGCACAAGACAGCCAUGGAUUGGAGGCACUCGUGCUGUGUGGCCAUGGCAACAGCGGCAGAGGCACAACAUGCGUCCAUCUCGUUCAACUGCUCGGCUCAGCUAGCCGAAGCGGUGCGCAGAGGACCUUACCUGACGCCACGGGAGAUAGAACCGCGCCCCAUUGUUGUUACUGAUGAGAGACCACCCACGGGGUUUUGAUCGCACUAGAGGUUCCACAGGUUUGUUGGGAUUCUCGAGUGCAAUCUGAAUUUCUUUGUUUGGCCUGACUAAGGGGAACUCGUCCGACUGGUAAUGGAUUGCCUGUGGUUAUGGCUAUGCCCACUAGAGUCUUGGGAUCUGUCCUCCUUUGGCUACACUGCAUUUGUACAUAUUGCUGUAAAGUCUAUGUGGAUUGUUCCGAGUACAUGGUUGUGCAACACAAGUUUUACC